CAUUUGGAAAUAACUUUUUAUUUGGUGUCAUUUGAAAUAACAGAAAGCCCAUAGGAAACCCUCUCGAAACCUCUCUCUCGCGAGUCUCUCUGCUCUCGCUGGGACUCUCGCAUCUCUCUCGCGUCUCUCUGCUCGCGUGCUCUCGCUCUCCUCCUCCCUCUCGAUCCCCCAUCGCUCUCCUCGUCCAUUCUCGCUCUGAUUACUCUAAUGAGGUAUGUUUAACACUCAAUUGAUUCAAAACUUUCGCACAGAUGAGAUCCUAUCAGCAAGUUUCUCAUUUUCGUUGGUUUUAUGUUGCAGUUCAAGGGGUAAGUCAGCUCAUUCAUCUCAUGGGUAAGAAUUCCGAACACUACUGUUUAUUAAUUUACAGAUGUUUAAUUCUGCUCUUGUUUUUGUAUAUAUUAGAAAUUCGUAACUUAAUAGUGAUUAUGUUGAUAAUUGUAUAUUUUUCCCCCAACUGAAUCACAGAAAUUUAAAUGUCUCGAAUGUUUCACAAAAGCGUUCAAGGGAGGAUGAGGAAAUGGAGUUUGUAAUGUUAGUUAUAGGUUUCAUUCACGUAGUAGUGGCAGCUUGUUACGGUAAGAAUCAUAGGUCGAAGGGGUUGACUUGGAAUAAUUAUGAUCGCUCUCAAAUUAGAGCUACUUGGAUGAAUACAUUAAAGAUUGAUAGAAUUUGUCGUGAACAAUUGCGUCUUGAUAUACGACGAUUCGAGAAGUUAUGUCAUCUUUUGGAAACUAAAGGCGGAUUAGUAACUACGAAACAUGUCACUGUGAAAGAAGUUGUCGCAUUGUUUCUUCACACUCUAGCACAUGAUUUGAAAAAUAGAACUAUACAAGCUGUGUUUGCACGUUCUGGAGAGACAGUGAGUCGACAAUUUCAUAUAGUACUUGGAUCAGUACUCAAGUUGGGGAAGGAUUACAUAAGAAAAGUAGACCAUGCCACUAGUUAUGUCCAUGAUAACCAAUGGAAGUGGUUUGAGGGUGCUGUUGGAGCCCUUGAUGGGACACACAUCAAAAUGACUGUCCCUGUUGAGGAUCGGCCUCGCUAUAGAGAUAGAAAAGGGGAUAUUAGCACUAAUGUUCUAGCCACGUGUGAUCCAGACUUGUGUUUUACAUAUGUCUUGCCUGGUUGGGAAGGAUCAGCAUCGGAUCCUCGUGUUCUUCGUGAUGCCCUCCGUAGAUCUAAUGGCUUGAAAGUGCCUAGAAAAAAGUAUUUUCUUGUGGAUUUGGGCUUUACUAACAGCGAAGGAUUCCUAUCUCCUUAUAAGGGGACUCGAUACCAUUUGAAUUUGUGGCGAGGAAACACUCCUACUAAUCACAAAGAGCUUUUCAACUUGAGACACUCGUCCGCUCGCAAUACCAUUGAGAGGGCUUUUGGAUUGUUGAAGAAGCGUUGGGCUAUAUUGAGAGAUGCUAGCUUUUAUCCAAAAAAAAUUCAAGUUAGAAUCAUUAAUGCAUGUUUUAUUCUCCAUAACUUUUUGAGGGAGGAAAAAAUGGAAGAAAGAGUCUUUAUGCAAGAAGUAGAAAGAGACUUGGAUAGGAUGGAAGGAAUUGAUGUGGAAGAUGACGAAGAUGAUUACAUAUCCACCGCUAGAUCAACAAACGAAUGGAACGAAUUUAGAGAUGAUCUUGCAAAGAAAAUGUUUGAAGAAUAUGUUGGACGGACUAGAGCUAUAUAAAUGUUUUAUCAGUUUUAUCUAAUCAGCAAUAUGUUCUGUAGUAUACUCUGGAAUUUUAGUUACAAACUUGGCAAUUUUUGUUAAUUCUUGGAUCCAACUUGUUAAUUUCAUGUUGAUUAUUGAAUUCACUGUUUUUACUUGGCUGACUUUUGGCUGAUUCUGUUAGUGUUUUGGAUCACUAUUUCUGGUGGUUGAUUAUUGAUCUCCUGUUAGCUGCAUAGGGUUCUGUUUUUCUUUUGCAGGUUGCAAUGGUUGAUUGAUUAUAAAUGUCUCUGCUUUUCUUUUCUAGGUCCCGAAGACAAGGAAAACAGCCUAUGGCUCCACCAGCUGAUCAGCCAACCGUACCUGCUCAGAAAAGGGGAUAUUUAGCAUGGACCCCUGAGAUGGACAGCAUAUUAACAUCAACACUGUAUGAUCAAAUUAAUGAAGGAAAUAAGGGUGACGGAAAUUUUAAAAGUCAAGCUUACCAGGCUGUGGUUGAUAAGCUGCGGAUUGAAAAGAGUAUAUUAGUUACUGUGGAACAUGUGAAGCACCGGAUUAAGAUUGGGAAGAAACAUUAUGGUGUGAUUUCUGAUAUUCGAAAUUAUACCAAAUUCAAUUGAGACGAAGAAAAGAAGAUGCUAGUAAUACCGAUAGAAGAUCUUGUAGAAUGGAAAGCUUAUUGUGAGGGAUGUCCAGAUGCUUCUGCAUACCAGAACAAGUGCAUUCAGAAUUGGGAUGACAUAUGUACUUUAUUUGCCUCCGAUAGAGCCACUGGUGAUGGUGCAGAGCAGUUUGAGGAGUCAGCUACUGCCAUGGAGCUAGAAAAUGACAUUAGCACUGCUGAGACGGGUUCGGGAGAAUCAAACAAGAGACAGAAAAGAGAUCGUUUAGCUGAUGCUGUUACCAGUUUCGCAGAGUCAUUUAAAGAAUAUGUGAGCAAAGCAAAAGAGCCUCCAAGACCCACGUGCAAAGAAAUAUAUGAGGUCGUAUCUGAAGUUAUUGGUAUUACGGAUGAUCAAGCUAUGAGGGCUGUCAAGA